AUGGGUGUUUACGAAGAUAUGUAUAGACAGCGACAAUCGAAUGAUGAUAUUAAGACCAAGAAGCAUGUGUCAUUCAAACCUAGUUCAAAAUUCCACAGCAACAAUUAUGCGAACCAUUACAUUCAUACAGAUUCAUACCCUCAGUCGUAUGUAAAGAAUAUUGAGAACACGGUGGAAGGGUACCCAAAGCUGCAAAAGUUAUUCCAGUUAAAGGAGAAGCAGAUUGCUAAGCAUGCAACAACACCGUUUGGAUACCGCGUUGACAUUGACGAUAUGGUCCCUACUUUGAAUAGGUGGAUUCAAAGGGAUAAACUUGUAUUUGACGUUGUAAUGAUUGGUUGUCUAAGUGACAAUCAGUUUAUUUAUCCUUUAUUGACACAGCUGCCCAUUAAUAAAUUGGUUUCUAAGCCUGGGUUCCUUUUUAUUUGGGCUAGUGCUCAGAAGAUUAACGAGCUGACCAAAUUAUUGAACAAUGAAGGCUGGGCUAAGAAGUUUAGAAGGAGUGAGGAGUUUGUAUUUGUACCUGUUAAUAAGGACUCGCCGUUUUAUCCUGGAUUGGAUCAGGAUGACGAGCCGUUAUUUGACAAAAUGCAAUGGCACUGUUGGAUGUGCAUUACGGGUACUGUAAGGAGAUCAACAGAUGGUUAUUUGAUACAUUGCAAUGUUGACACAGACUUAGCGAUUGAGACAGAUGCCGCCCAAAACGGUGCAGUUCCCUCUCAUGUGUAUAAAGUUGCAGAGAAUUUCUCGACAGCUACAAGAAGAUUGCAUAUUAUUCCUGCCAGGACUGGCAGUGAAAAUCCUGUUAGACUAAGACCUGGCUGGGUUAUAAUGAGUCCUGAUGUGAUGCUAGAUAACUUUGAGGCCAAGAGAUAUCGAGACGAAAUCAGACAACUAGGCUCCAAUCUGCCAAUGGAUAACGGUAUUGAGUCAUUAAGACCGAAGAGUCCCAUUCAAAAAAAGAACUAA